AUGAGUGCUGCUCGAGAAAUAAAACAGCUGCAGAAGGCAAAGAGUAAGGCCCAGAACAAUAGGAACCUCAGAGAAGAAGCGAGCAUAUGUAAUCAGCUGGGAGAACUGUUGUCUAAAAAUGGUGAUUAUGAGGCUGCUAUCCAGGAGCACCAACAGGAGCUGUCUCUGUCCGAGGUCCUCAAUGACGUAAUCGGUCGAGCAGUCGCUAAUCGUAAAAUUGGAGAGUGCUAUGCGGAGCUGGGAAAUAUUGAGGCUGCUCUGAAAUGUCAGAGGCGUCACUUGGAUCUGGCUCGCUCUGUCUCCGAUCAUGCAGAAGAACAAAGAGCCCUCGCCACUAUCGGCCGCACGUACUUAUUCCGAUACGAGUCCGACCAAUCAAGAAGCAGUUUGGAACAAGCUGAGGAUGCUUUUAAGAAGAGCCUGUCUAUCGUGAACGAGCGCCUUGAAGGGAUGGUGCCAGAGCGGGAGAUCUGUGAGAUGAAAGCUCGGCUAUUUCUCAAUCUCGGUCUGGUUUGCGAUCAUCUGGGGGAGCCCAAACGCUGCAGUGAAUUUAUAAGGCGCAGUGUUUUCAUCGCAGAGAAGAGCCAGCUGCUGGAAGACCUCUAUCGAGCCAACUUUAACCUGGGAAAUAUUUACUUCCGCAAUGGUCAAGCCUCAAACGCAGUGCGCUGCCUGGAGCAGGCCAAAGAAUGUGCCAGAAAAAUCAAAGACAAGUUCAGUGAAAGCGAGUGUUUUCAUUGCGUCGGCAAGGUGCAGCUUUCUCUUGGGGAUUUUGUAGCUGCCAGACGCUCUCUAAAGAAAGCUCUACAGUUGGGAUCCCAGCAUUCUACUGACAAGCAGGCAGUGAAGAAAGCAUUCAGAUAUGCGGAUCGGGGGUGUAAACUAGAGGAGGAGUUGGGGGAAGACCAGGGCGGAAGACUCAGCCCUCAUCAAGCUGUGGAAGUCGCCGAGCAGUUGGGAGAUCUCUACUGUAAAGUGGGCUGUUACAGUAAAGCCUUGGAUGCCUAUCAGGCUCAAUUGGCUGGUGCCGAGGCAAUGGGGAAGCCUGGUCGAGAGCUGGCUGUGAUCCAUGUGUCGCUGGCUGCGACCUACACAGACCUGAAACAGUACAAUAAAGCAGUGGAGCAUUACAGACUGGAGCUGCAGCUGAGGUCAGGCUGCUCCUCAGAGGAAUGCAGCACAUGGCAGAACAUUGCAGGGGUUCAGGAGGAGGGCGGCUGUGACCACACUGAUGUAGACCACAGUUUCACUAAAGCCUUGGAGUGUGCGCAGAAGGCCGGACAGGCCAGACUUCAGAAGCGAGUGUUGAGGCGGUGGUUGUCGUACCAGCAGCGCACUGGUUCUGCGCUCAGUGCAGAGACAGAGGCGCAGCUGCAGGAGCUGUGUGCAGCCGAGGGCUGGAGCCCACACCACAGUGAGGGAGAGGAGGAGGAGGAGGAGGAAGAGAUGGACAACAGCGAGGCUCUGGAGGACAGCGACAUCAACCUUUCUGACUCUGAGGACGAUCUGGAGGGUUAUGACAAGAUGGUGACGGGGAAGAGAAAGUCUGGUCGAUGGAACAAGCGCAAUGAGAAAGGAGAGACUUCUCUGCAUCGAGCCUGUAUCGACGGGAACCUGAAGCAGGUCCAGUACCUCAUCGACCAGGGUCAUCCAGUGAACCCCAGAGACUACUGCGGCUGGACCCCCCUGCAUGAGGCGUCUAACCACGGUCACUAUGAGGUGGUAGCAAUGCUGCUGGAUCGCGGGGCCUAUGUCAAUGACCCUGGGGGCCCCUUGUGUGAGGGCGUGACUCCUCUACAUGAUGCACUGGCGUGUGGAAACUUGGCCGUGGCCCGACUCCUAAUAGAGAAAGGAGCGUCUGUCUCUUUACGCAACUCAAAGGGAGAGUGUGCGAUGGACACGCUGUGCCACUGGCAGAGGACGUACAGACGGGAGCUGGACCGAGAGACCAAGCAGGAGUGUGCGGCCACAGAGAGACUGGUGAGGAAGGCUCUGGCAGGACUAGUGACUCCUGCUUCUGCUCCUGCCAAGCCUCUAGAUGCUCUGCAGGACAGCCAACUGUUUGAUGCGGAGAACUCGGAGCCCCUCACCUCCAGCCCGCAGUGGCCCCCCAGCUCCAGGGCCUCACAGGAGCGGGCCCCCAGCUCCAGGGCCACACAGGGAUCUGCUGCAGCCGUCCCUAAACCAGUGUACAGUGGCUCUCUGCACAGGCAUCGGGCCAGAGGCACAGAUGCUCUGCUUCUCUAUGGGACGAGCGGCGGAUCUUCAGACGACAGCGAUGCAGACGUGCCACCGAGCCCCCUGCGCCCGGUGCGGCCUCGGCACAACGGAACCACAACCGCUCCCAGUCUGAAGGAAACUCCUCAAAAGCACAAUGAGCUCCUGUCCCAACCAGCCCUAACCCUGGACAGUCCCAGAGACGACCCCAGAGAUGACCCCAGAGAGAGUCCCAGAGAGGCUUACAGAGACAGUCCCAGAGACAACCCCAGAGAGAGUUACAGAGACAGUCCCAGAGACAACCCCAGAGAGAGUCACAGAGACAGCCCCAGAGACAACCCCAGAGAGAGUCACAGAGACAGCCCCGCCCCCUCUGUUUUCGAGCGAGAGGAGUACCACAGUGCCAUCCGCAGCCUGGGCAGUGCCAAAUCCAGAUUGCAUGGGUCUUCUCAGAUCUCCAGCGGUCCUGCCCAGUCCAGCAAUAGGUCUGCUCUGGUUCCUGAGGAGGAGUAUGUGGCAGACGACUGGCUGGAGGAUGACGUGGGGGACAUUCAACCAAAGAAGAAGAGGAGGAUUCUUGUGGAACAGAACGGAGUGAGAGCCGAGAGCAAUGUCUCCAGCAGCAGAAGUCACAGCAGACACUCGGAGCCCAGCAGCAGAGUACUGCCCUCCUCCAGCAGGGGUCUCUCUGUGAAGAAGAGCAGUUCUGUGAGGCCACAGCAGGUGAAGAUGACACAGAUGCCUGGGAUGAUGAGACUGGGGCGCAGAGAGGUGAGCCGCUGCCCCAGUCCCAAUGUCACUGAUGAAGAGGACCUGAGAGCCUUGACCCCCCCUCCCCCUCAUCCUCCUCAUCCUCACAUGUACUCACAGCCUCCGACCCACUCCAUGGCCACUCCUCUACCCCCACCGAUCAGAAUGAGGGUCCGAGUGCAGGAGGACGUCUUUCUCAUCCCAGUCCCUCAAAGUGAGGCAGAGUCGUGCACAGUGGCCUGGCUCUGCGAACAAGCGGCUCAGCGCUUUUACCACAAGUGCGGCCUCCUGCCACGCCUGCAGCUGCAGAAAGAGGGCGCUCUGCUCUGCCCACACGACCCCCUGCUGGCCGUGCUGCACACCAACGAGGAGGUGCUGGCUGAGGUUUGCUCCUGGGAUCUGCCUCCUCUUCCAGAGCGCUAUAAAAAGGCCUGUCAGAGUCUGGUAGUGGAGGAGGACGUGCGUGUGCGGCGUCUGUGCGAGGUGCAGGACGGAGCCUCCUGUUUGUCGGUGUGUGGUCUCGGCCUGGCCCCCUCCUCCCUCACUCCGCUGCUGAGGGCCCUCAAACUGCAGUCCAGCCUCACGGAGCUGCGUCUCUCCGGUAACCGGCUCCACGACCUCCUGCUGCCCGAGCUCGUGGCCACCGCCGUCACCAUGCCCCGGCUGCGGCUGCUGGACGUCUCAGCCAAUCACAUCACAGGGGAGGGGCUGGAGAAGGCCGUCGCCGCGCUCAAGGGCCACAGUCACCCCGCCUUUCCGUGUCUGGAGGAGCUGGACCUCAGCUUUAACCUGCUUGGGGACGGGGUGUCAGAGCCUCUGUCCUGCCUGCUCAGCUGCUGCCCCCUGCUGGUCAGGUUGUCCCUUCAGGCCUGUGGUCUGACCGCACGCUUCCUGCAGCAGCACAGACUCCUGCUGGCUCAGGCUCUCUCAGGCACAGGUCAUCUGAAGUCUCUGUGCCUCUCCCACAAUGCACUGGGCUCCACUGGCUUUGAGCUGGUGUUGAAGACCGUCCCUCUCCACAGCCUCACGCACCUGGAGCUGGCAGCGGUGCGCAGCGGUCCGGCCGAUCACCCCGCUCUGGAGCAACUCUCCAAAGUCCUGUCCCAGACUUUUGGAGAUUGUUCGCUGACUCACCUCAGCCUGGCAUCCAACGGACUGACGGACAGCGGUGUGGUCGCUCUGGCCAGAUGUGUGGCUUCUUGUCCGGCCUUGGUGAGUCUGGAUCUGUCAGGGAACCAGUCCAUCAGCUCCACAGGCCUCUACAGCCUCCUGGGGACUCUGAAGGAGGCGGGGCGGAGUCUGAGCCUCCUCAACCUUCAGGGUUGCCAGGUGUGCGGGCCCUGGGACUCCUUGGUUCUGGACGGGCUGCCAGAUCUGAUCCAUGACCUGAGGCUUUGUUCUCUCUCGCUGAACAAACUGGACCGAGAGGGUUUGAAGCAGCAGUGGGACAGACACGGACACUUUGUGGACAGAACCUCCAGGUGCCUCAUGUCCUCAGCCCCUCCCACAUGA